AUGGCUACAAAAAGAAAUGGAGGUGUUUUCACAAUUUUAUCAAUUAUAUUUUUCUUGGCUACACUAGGAAAAUCUGCUGAUUUACCAUGUAAUGCCCGUGAAGUGGAAGGUCGUUCCGUAGUCUGCGUUUGCAAUGCUACUUACUGCGACACUAUCACAAGGGAACUCCCGAACAUUAAUUCAUUUGUCACCUACACAUCUAGUAGUGCCGGUAAACGAUUUGAAAAAUGGACCGGUACAAUACGAUCUAUAUUGGAUCGAACAAACGAGGAUGCAGAUGGCGAAAAGUUUGGUCCUAUAGAUGAAGAAAGCGUAACAAUUGAAAACGAGGAGAUUGAAUCCAUAGAUGAUGAAAAUGAAGAGUUUGACCCCAAAGAUGAAGAACGAGACGAAGACGAUGUGCCACUGUGGAGAAGAGUCGCCUUCAGAGUAUAUACCAAUGUACAGACACAGGUAAUUGAAGGUUUUGGUGGAUCUGUAACCGAUGCCGCAGCAAUUAAUUGGCGUAGUCUGUCUGACGGAGCCCAAAGACGAUUUAUCGAUUCAUACUUUAGUCCCCGAGGUAUAGAAUAUAACAUGAUCAGAGUACCUAUUGGGGGGUCGGACUUCUCAACUCAUCCUUACGCCUACAAUGAGUUACCUUGGAAUGAUGCAGCCCUAACAAACUUCUCUCUAACUGAAGAAGACCUAUUUUAUAAGCUCCCAAUGAUUCGAUUAAGUCAAGCUGCCGCUGCUGAAGCAGGCAACAAAGUGCAGAUCACAGCAAGUACGUGGUCUCCUCCAGUGUGGAUGAAAUCCAAUGAAAGAAUCACCGGUUUUGGACAGCUGAAGCCUGAGUUUUAUCAGACCUACGCUGACUAUCAUUUACGAUUUAUAGAAGCAUAUGCGAGAGCGCAUGUUAACAUCUGGGCAAUUACAACCACUAAUGAACCCCUAAAUGGGAUUGUACCCAUUGUAAACUUCAACUCUUUAGGCUGGACACCCUCAGAAUUGGGUCGCUGGGUGGCAAAUAAUCUAGGUCCUACAAUAAGAAACUCAAACUUCUCCAAUACAUUGAUAUUGGCUGUUGAUGAUCAACGCUACACUCUACCUAUUUGGUUACGAGGGAUGGAGAUAGCGGAGCCACGUUCCAUUGAUUACAUUGAUGGCAUCGCCGUACAUUACUACGGCAACUUUGUGUCGCCCCGCGUUCUCGCAAGGGUGCAAGAACGGUAUCCCAACAAAAUAUUGCUCGCAACUGAAGCUUGUGAAGGUCCGAUGCCCUGGAACAGAGAGAAGGUUAUAAUUGGAUCAUGGCGUCGUGCAAGAAGAUAUAUAUCCAGUAUUAUUGAGGAUCUAAACAACUUCGUAGUGGGUUGGAUUGAUUGGAAUCUUUGCUUGAAUGAAAAUGGUGGUCCAAAUUGGGCGGAGAACUACGUGGAUUCUCCUAUUAUUGUGUCCCCGGAUAAGGAUGAAUUUAUAAAGCAGCCAAUGUUUUACGCCAUGGGUCAUUUCUCCAAAUUCAUCCCGAGAGAAUCAAGGAGAUUGUAUGUGGAACGCUGGAGUUUGCGUACAAUUGAAAACGUUGCUGUCCUCACGCCAGAAGGCAAUAUUGUAGUUGUAGUACAUAACAGGCGUAGAAGAGAACGCAAAGUUCGUAUAUAUGUUAGUAGAACCAGGUACGCAGAAUUCAUAGUGGAUCCGCAAUCAGUGACAACAAUUGAAAUUAACCCAAGACAGGAAGGUACAGUGGGAAAUUUAGAGGACAGUAUAGAAAAAAGUUCAGAGGAAAGUUCGGAGGAAAUUACAGGUGGAAAUUCCAGUGAAAAUUCUGGGAAAAUUCUGAAGAAAAUUUCAUAA